CGAUACCCACCUUCAUAGGAAUCAAGACACGAUACAUUGUGUCUCUUUCUCUCUGCAAAAUGAUGGAAGAAGAAGAAGGAGCGUCAAUGGCGCACAUGGAGGGCAGAGCGUCCAUUGACAGCGAGCCGAAGACGCUUAGCUUCCAUCAGAUGAAGCUGGCCAGGGAGGCGGCUCUGUACGUGGUGAAGAAGUGCACCAUGGAAGAGGCCUUGAGGAUCUUCACUGAGACAUUCUGCAUAAUACAGGGCUUGGAACGAGUAAUUUGUUGUGGCAACAGACUCGAUCUAGAGGGAGAGCCUAAUGACGACCAUCGUGAUGAAUUGUGACUACCAACUCCGAGGGAUGCCGUUCCUGCGCCGUUCUAGCUAGCUUUUAGCCGGCGGACGCUUUGUACAGAUGCUAUCGGACUUCUCUUCUUCGAUACGCUUACCAAUAAAUUUAUUCCAUUCAUUUUCGCCAA